AUGGUCCCCAAAAUCAGCAACAAGGAACGGUACGUCCUGCACUACCGGAACCUACAACAGUAUAUAUCUCUUGGAAUGCGCCUGACAAAGGUUCACCGGGCCCUUCGAAUCGACCAGAGCCCUUGGAUGGAACCCUAUAUCAGGAUGAAUACCAAGCUCCGAAAAACGGCGAGUAAAUUCGAGAAGGACCUAUACAAGCUGAUGAUCAACUCGGUAUUCGGAAAAACUAUGGAGAACCUUUGGAAGCGUGUGGACAUCAAGCUGGUACGCUCUGGAAAAGACGACAAGCUCCGACGCUUGAUAGCCAGCCCGUGCUUCGCACGGGCAAACAUAUUUGAUGAUGACCUCGCAGCGGUUCAGACGCACAAGACCCGGCUAGUCCUAACCCAACCUAUCUACGUGGGCAUGAGCAUUCUAGAUCUAUCAAAGCACCUGAUGUACGACUUCUACUACCACCACAUGAAGUCCCAGUACGGAGACGUCACCUCAGAUUACCCCCAAGACCACCCACUGCACAGCGAAGCAAAUGUGAAGGUCUUGGGGAAAAUAAAGGACGAGUGCGCGGGGCGCCCAAUCGCCGAAUACAUAGGUCUGCGACCCAAGAUGUACUCCAUUCUGAAGACCGGCGGAGCCAACAUAAAGAAGGCCAAGGGCGUGAAAAAAGGAGUUGUGGAAAAGCGCAUCCGCCAUAAGCAGUACCAAGAGGCCCUCUUCAAGAAGAAGAUCUUCCGCCACGGUAUGGGCGUUGUUACGGUAAUGAAAACAGCAACAGAAAACAGACUCAGUGACUCAAUAUUACAAUGUAAACAAUGGCUUUAUAUAUAA